AGGAAAACAAAUGGCCAAAACAUGUAAGCUUUUGUUCGCCAAACAGAGAGAUAUUCAGAGAACAUAGGAGAAGCAAAAAAAACAGGUAAGCUUUUGUUCGUGACUGAAAAUGGAAGCAGCAAGAAUGAGUUUUGGACUCAAAACUCCCAUUCGUCACGCUCACAAAGUCCCACUUUCUCUUAAGACCAACGGUUUUCGUCGCUGUUUGCUUCCAAACCAAACCCUUUCUCAAAAGCAGAGAAAACACGAUCUGAUCUGCUUGAGGGCUACAAAGAGUACUGAUGAUAAAGAUCUUGAAAGCACUCGUCCUCUGACGCAGUUUUCUCCUUCUCUCUGGGGAGAUUACUUCCUCUCCUUUCCCGUUGACCAUUCUGAAUCUGAUGAGAUAGCGAGAGAGGUUGAAUCGGCUAUGAAGCCGAACGUGAGAGAUAGGCUCUUGUCUUCUCACAACAGUAACAAGGACAAGAUUCGUUUAAUCCAUUUGCUUAUCAGCCUUGGCAUAUCGCAUUACUUCGAGACCGAGAUUGAGAUGAUCCUAAAACAGGCUUUUGAAGAUCUUGACGGAUUAAUAGCCGAGGAAGAGGAUUUGGAGACAAUCUCCAUCAUGUUUGAGGUUUUCCGACUGUACCAACACAAGAUGUCUUGCGAUGCCUUUGGUAGAUUCAAAGGAAAAGAUGGGAGGUUCAAGGAGAGCCUACACGGGGAUGUUAGAGGAAUGCUACAAUUGUAUCAAGCAGCGCAUCUCGGGACACCUUCUGAAGAUAUAAUGGAGGAAGCAAAGAGCUUCACUAGGAACCGAUUGGAGAGUUUGGUAGUCCAAGAAGCGAGUACUACUACAACUCAUCCCCAUCUCUCUACACAUAUUCGUAACGCCUUAUACAGAGCAAGAUAUCAUAACAUGGAAGUACUAUCAAUAAGAGAAUACAUUUCUUUCUACAACCAAGAAGAAGGUCACGACGAGAUGCUUCUCAAGUUUGCAAAGCUCAGCUUCAACUAUUGCCGUCUGCUUUACAUCCAAGAGCUCAAAACUCUCACUAAAUGGUGGAAGGAUCUAAAUCUUGCAUCUAAGCUUCAUCACAUCAGGGAUCGAAUUGUGGAAGUCUAUUUCCCCGCAUUGAGACUUUAUUUCGAACCAAGAUAUUCACUUGGAAGAAUUAUAAUGACUAAACUUAUCAUGGUCACGGUUGUUUUGGAUGACACAUGUGAUGCAUAUGCCACUUUCCCUGAAACUCAAAGUCUGAUUGAUUCUCUGCAAAGGUGGGAUCUUAAUGCCAUUGACGAAGUACCAAUCUAUUUGAGACUCGUCAUCAAAACUUUCUUGGAAACUAUUGAAGGGAUUAAAACAGAAAUGAAGCCACGAGGAAGAUCCGCUAGCGUGCAGCAGACGAUAGAUGAGACUAAGUCCUUGGGGAGAGGAUACUUAGCGAUAUCAAGAUGGGCUCGCGAAGGCCACGUGCCAACCUUUGAUGAGUACAUGGAGGUUGGUCUGGUCACUGCAGGGAUGAAUGACUAUGCAUCAUACAGUUUUAUCGGUAUGGAAGAUUGUGAUGAGAAGCAAACGAACGAAUGGUUCAGUUCUGAACCCAAAAUCUUCGAAGCUUUAAGUAUUAUCUACCGUUUGGGGAACGACAUAGCCACCUUCGAGGGAGAGAUGAGCAGAGGAGAGGUGGCGAAUGGGGUCAACUGUUACAUGAAGCAAUAUGGUGUUACCAAAGAAGAAGCGGUUAGAGAGUUGCAAAAGAUGUGCAGAGAUAGCUAUAAGAUAGUGAUCGAUGAGUUCUUGAAGACAACUUGUGUGCCACGGCAGAUUUUGUUGCGAUGUCUAAACAUCCCGCGAGUGAUCGAUGUGUAUUACAAGGAAGGUACUGAUGAUUUCACCAAUCCUCAAGGAAAUCUCAAAGACCACAUCACCUCUUUGUUACUCCACCCCAUUCCGCUUUAAAUCACUCGAUCCCCGUUCCUUUUACUUGGUUACAUUUCAUUCCCCUACUUGUUACGUAUUUCGCAAGUAUCAGCCUAUCCCGUUGACUUUGUUGUAAUUUGGAAGUCAUCGACAUUGAUGGUCCAAUAAGAUAAUAGUACCAAUACAGACAAUUCGUAGAUACGAC